AUGGGACAUCAACCAGAGGCCAUCCGUAGCUCGAUGGGACAUCAACCAGAGGCCAUCCGUAGCUCGAUGGGACAUCAACCAGAGGCCAUCCGUAGCUCGAUGGGACAUCAACCAGAGGCCAUUCGUACCUCGAUGGGACUUCAACCAGUCGCCAUCCGCACCUCAAUGGGACAUCAACCAGAGGCCCUCCGUACCUCGAUGGGACUUCAACCAGAGGCCAUCCGCACCUCAAUGGGACAUCAACCAGUGGCCAUCCGUACCUCAAUGGGACAUCAACCAGAGGCCAUCCGUACCUCGAUGGGACAUCAACCAGAGGCCAUUCGUACCUCAAUGGGACAUCAACCAGUGGCCAUCCGUACCUCAAUGGGACAUCAACCAGAGGUCAGCCGUACCUCGGUGGGACUUCAACCAGAGGCCAUCCGUACCUCGAUGGAACUUCCACAAGAGGCCAUCCGUAUCUCGAUGGGACUUAAACCAGAGGCCCUCCGUACCUCGAUGGGACAUGAACCAGAGGCCAUCCGUACCUCGAUGGGACAUCAACCAGAGGCCAUCCGUUCCUCGAUGGGACUUCAACCAGAGGCCAUCCUUGCCUCAAUGCAACCGCAUCCUUAA